CUGCGUCAUUCACCGAGGCGCGCGUGAUGCCUACCAUCAAGCAAGCCGCUCCACCUCCACCUUGAGCAUUCAUCACAUGAGUCUCGCAACUCGUACACCCACUUCCAUGUACCUGGAGUAGUGCUCACCUCAUCGCCGCCAUGGCGGACGACUAUGCCAGUCCGAUCGCGAACCGCGACGAACCCAUUCCCGUGAUCCGCAUCUCUUCCAACGAAGACGACGGUUACGACUCCUCCGAUGCAGAAAGCGAGGUCACGACCCGCAGGCGCGACAGACUGCGGGAACGCGCGAGCCGGAGCACCAGUAGACUGCGUGAGAAAUUCGAGAGCGGCGAAGGGGGACGACAAAGUCUCCAAGAUCGGCUGUUUGCCAGCGUCCUCUCUCAGAUUAUCCCAUCGGAAGGGCCUCCUACAGACGUCGACGACGAUGAGGGCCAACUGCCUAAGAAAAAGGACCGACGGAGUAAGAAGUAUGUUGACAAGCCUGAGUUCGGCCCUCGUCUCAUGACCUACAACUUCCGCCGCUUCAAUGCUCGCAUCGGUGUCGUCUUCGUGUUUGAGAACAUGCUCAUCCGCCUUUUUACAUGGCGCCAACCUACUUCAACCCUCUCCUUCCUGGCCAUCUACUCCCUUAUAUGCCUCAAACCACAUCUGCUCCCUCUCAUACCACUCGGCGUCCUCUUAUUCUGGGUUAUGAUACCCUCCUUCCUCUCUCGACAUCCGACCCCUAAGAACGACCCUCGAAUCGAACCGAGCUAUCGCGGCGCUGCCACCGCCCCUGCGAGCCGCGUCAAACCCGCACCGGACUUUAGUACGGAUUUCUGGAGGAAUAUGAGGGAUCUGCAGAAUAGCAUGGAAGAUUUCAGUCGGCUGCAUGAUGCUGCGAAUGAAUAUAUUACGCCGUACACAAACUUCAGCGAUGAGUCGAUGAGCUCGGGUAUCUUUCUCUGGCUCACUGUGCUCAGCUGUGCGGCUUUUGUGGGGAGUGGGCUGGUGCCUUGGAGGGCCAUUGCUUUGCUGGGAGGAUGGGCUGCGGUGCUCAGUGGACAUCCCCAAGCGCAGAAAGUAUUGCUGUCGACGAGGAAUAUGAAGCAGUUGAAACAGCAUUUGGAGCUGUUGCAGAGGACGUUGAGGAGUUGGGUUGAGCAGGAUAUUGUGAUUCACGAGCCGCCCGAGUUGAGGCAGGUGGAGGUCUUUGAGUUGCAGAAACAUCACACUGAAAGCGACACUUGGGAGCCGUGGCUGUUCAGUCCCUCGCCCUACGAUCCGCUUUCCCCAGCACGAAUUGCGGGCAAUCGGCCGAAAGGCACGCAAUUCUUCGAAGAUGUACAGCCACCAAACGGGUGGGACUACAAAGAGAAGAAAUGGAACCUUGAUCUCUUUACGCGAGAAUGGGUGGAAGAGCGUAUGAUUUCAGGAGUGGAAAUUGAGACUGAGGGCGAGAGAUGGGUCUACGAUAUUCCUCCCGAAGAAGUGGAUCUGCUGGAGCUCCUGGGAAGCCCUGGCAAAGGGAAGAACAAGAGACGAGUCAAGAGUAUUCCUAAGAGUGGAUGGGAAGAAGGCACGGGUCUGGAGCGGCGAGGUGAAUGGAGACGAAGACGCUGGACGAGGCUUGUCACGAAAAAGGUUGCCGAGCCAGCAGAUAAGGCGAAGGACUGAGAAGCGAAGAACGUCCACCCACUGGUACUGACCUCUCUGCCGAGUGCGCGGCCAGUGGGCUGGAGGAGCCAAUUCGACUGGCCCCAAUCGGUCUGCAACCACAUGGAUCGGCAUUAUUCGACAUAUCGGGCCCAUACCUCCGACCGCGCGGCAUCGAAACAGUCAAGUGUCGAAGCUGUCGCGCCUCGCCAGCGAGGUGAGCGCAGUUCUCGUAAUCGUGAUUGCGAAUCUGCUGAAGGAGCCAUUCUCGGCUGGCUAUGAUUCGGCACGAGCAUUCAUCCACGCUUCUGUCGGCCUCAACUGUCAACCAUUACCAGAGAACCUUCUGCUAUCUUGUUCUAUCACCAAGUGUUUCUCAAGAAAGCUUAGCGUCGACCUUAUCAUCGUUCCAGAAGCAACCCCAGACAUUGCCCGCGUUUAGCCUGGCGAGGGCAUGCACGGCCGGCUGCUUUCCGCUUCGUCCGACCACCUCAGCCUGGCCAUUUACAUGCUUGUCGGCACGGCUUUCAUGCCUCACUUGGAGAGUGUGUCGGAGGGGCGAGGGUUGCGUGCUCUCGCAACUGCAAGGUUCUGUCGCUCCAUCCUCAUGUCUGGUGAGCGGCAAACAUACCAUGGGCAGUGUUCGCGAGCGUCGUUGUCGUGAUUCAACGAAUUCACCAGCGAAAAGAUGCACAGACUUGAGAUACGGGAUGAUCUGGAGUUGAAGAGAUACCCUCGGAGUCUCAUAGGACAUACCUCGCUUCACUUCAUAUCUAUUGACGAAACAAACCGAAUCGCCAUCCGUACAGAUCCCUGCAAUGCGCAGCUCCCAAGACUAGCUUGGUGGCCUCUAAGCUCACUUAGCUCUAACACGCUACCUUGGCUUCAGACUUUACUUGAAUGAGUUGGUCAUAUCACACACUUGUUGUUCACGCGGCAUUCUUCUAUCGUUCUAGAAGAGACACCAGCGAUUGUCAGCAACUUUCAUUAGACUGGAUGGUCUCGGGAAUAUCGAGGUUUGUCGGCUGAGAGGAUGGUGUGAUUUUGUAUAAGACCUGUACCGCGUGCGCGUCU